GCGUCUGCUGAAACGACUUCGCGUGUUGGCGCUGUCCUCCUCUUCAACGCUCAUAUGCUUCUUGUGUACUCCACCGCUCUGUGAUUUCUAGGUAACAAGGGGAUUGACCUGUUUGGGUUUGGCGAGUUUAGGUCAUCCUUUGUGCAGCCAGCAGACACGCUCCAUCCAAGUUCCUGAAGAGAUAUCCCUUUCAGGUGGAACGUGGUAUGGAACCUUGGUAUGUGAGGGAUUCGAGCCCGAGCCGGGAGACGCGAAAUUAAUCAAGGGUAUGGAAGAAUGGAACGCGUCUUCGACUCGCACCCGACGGAUCCAUCUCGUCUGUACUGCGGCGGUUUUAUUACUCUCCUCUGCAACCGAUCAGACGAAGAUCUUCGCCCUAAUUCUGACGUGACAUCAGAGAACCGAGCGCAUCCCUAUUUUCUCCCGAGCAACCCUGAGGCGAGCGCUAUAAAGCCCAAGCAUAUUCGGUGCGACUCCCCAUUGACUUUCACGUCAGCUCUUCGCCUCCCCUCCUAAAGCAAAACCCUUCUCUGCCUUUUCCUUUACUUACCCCCACGAUCUUUACAAAAUGCGCUCUUUCACCGCCAUCUUCACCGUCGCCGCUGCCGCCUUCGCUGGCUUCGCUUCGGCCGCCCCCGUCGACACUUCUGCUGUCUCUGGUGCCCUUGACACCGUCAAGGGUGUCGUGUCCGGCGUCCCCGUUGUCGGCGGCAUCGUUCCCCGCACGGAUGCUCCUCGUGGUGUCCAGGAGAUCCUAAUUGAGGUCCAGACCAAGAUCACUCCCCUCGUUCAGCAGAUCCAGUUCAUCAAGGCGGACAAUGCCACCGUUGAUGCUCUGACGCCUGUCGUCCAGGGCAUUGAGGGUAUCCUCAAGGGUGUCGUCCCUGAGCUCCAGACUCUCGUCGGCCAGCCCGUCGAGGUCAUCCUUGCCUCUGUCACCGGGACCGCCCAGGUCACCGUCGGCGAGGUUGCCCAGCUCGUUGCUAACAUCCUGACGCUCGUCUUCGGUGCGCUCAACUCGCUCCUCAACGUUGUCGGCACCGGCCUCGCUGCUCUGCAGCCCCUGCUCAACGCCCUCGGCGCCGCCGUCGCCGCCCUGUUGACUGCUGUCCUCGCCGCCGUCAACUCCGUUGUUGGUGGCCUGCUCUCAGCUGUCCUCGGCCUGAUUGGUGACAUCGUUCCGAUCAUCCUGAACCUCAACCUGGCCACUGUGAUCUCCAUUCUCAAGCUCUAAGCGGCCGAUGACCUGAUACCAUUACUUCCGACAUACCCCUCACGCCACAUCUACUCCCUCGCUGUCGUAGCUCAGUAAUAGUAUGCUUUGAAUUAACACUUAA